UUCAUUUCUCUGCAACGGACUUGUUUUAAAGUAAGGCCAGGCAAAUGUUUGGAUGGUAAAUACAUUCGAAUCUAUGGAUCAGUUACCGACACACACCGAAAUGUAGAUAAAGACACAUUACAAUCGAUAACAUCAUUUCAUAUUCUCAGAUAACCUGUGUUUUCACUCAAUCUGCCAGCUAAUAUCAUGUUCAAUAUUCCGCAGUUAGUUCGGGAGAAAAAUUCGGCGCUUUUUAGCGCUACAGCAAACAACGAUUUACCGGAAUGUUGAACGCUUUCUCAGCAGACAUUUUAGGCGUUGGCCAGCAGACGAUUCACUGAAUGGAAAAUCACGUCUAGUGAAAAUGCAGACGUUCGUGGUGUUUUAUUGUUUAACUGGAAUGGCUAUUGAGGUUUUCGGACAAGACAAGAGCAGGACGGACUUCCUGCAGCUCCUAAACGACAUUCCGCCCGUACGGACCCCUCCAAACUACGACAUGGAUGUGCCAACCGAAAUUGAAUGCAACUUACACAUCAACAACGUGGACACGAUCCGGGAAGCGGACAUGGAGUUCACGAUGGACAUUGUCCUCCAUCUGUCGUGGAAGAAUGUGGAGAUCAUCGCUAAGCUGCAGAGUCUCAAGGUCGCUUUCGAGUACCUGGACUUCGACUCCCAGAAUAUGGACAAGGUCUGGGUACCGGACAUCUACUUCCCCAACGAGAAGAAAGCCGCCAUUCACAACAUCAUGAUGGACAACAGGAUGUUACGUCUGUACAGGGACGGCACCAUUAAAUACAUGGUCAGGGUAUCAGUGACGUUGAGCUGUAGAAUGGACCUCAGGAAAUACCCCUUCGACAAGCAGAUAUGCUCCAUCAUGAUAGAGAGCUUCGGCUACACGGCAGACAAGCUGGUACUCCACUGGAACGAGGCCGGGGAGUUUCCGGCCGUGAAGACGGACAACGUGAAGGAGCUACGCCAGUUCCGCAUGGUGCACACAGACUGGACCAAUUUUACGCGCACGCACAACAUCACAGGUAACCACAGCUGCCUACAGGCAGACUUCCACCUGGUGCGCAACAUCGGCUACUACGUGAUCCAGAUGUACAUGCCCAGUCUGCUAAUCGUCAUGUUGUCCUGGCUCUCAUUCUGGCUCAACGUGAACUCGAUCCCGGGCCGCGUGACGCUUGGCGUCCUCUCCGUGCUCACCAUCUCCACGCAGAGCACAGGCGUCAACGCCUCGCUACCCCGGGUCAGCUACACCAAGGCUAUAGACGUGUGGAUGAUCACGUGCCUGGUGUUUGUGUUCGCGGCGCUCAUAGAGUUCGCGGUGGUGAACGUUCUCAGCCAGAAAGUUCCCGGCCGCCGCUUUUCCCUCGCCACGCUGUUCCUCGUGCAGAAGGAGGGGCCGCCGGAAGAAAAAGAGACGUCGGUUGACCAGGAGGGGAAUGUUAAGGUGGAGCCGCGACAGCCGGAGCACAGUCGCGUGCUACUCUGCUCCACUUAUCUCGACAUCGCCUCUCGGGUGCUCUUUCCAGUCGCAUUCGGCAUCUUCAACAUGAUCUACUGGAUUUACUUCCUCAACGUCACCGAAUACUAGCGUCUAUAUGAGGACGUCACUACGACAAUGAUGGCGUCACGAACGGAUUUCAUUUUAGACCUUUAUUGGUUACGUCAAUGUGGGCCAACACCAGUCGUUUACUAGUAGAUCAUAAUGACAGUCUUGAUAUACGUGAAGAGGGUAGUUUAAGAGUGAAAGACAAAUCUAUUGAAAUCAUCUCAUGUUGUGACGCUUGUCUACUGAAAUAACAUAUUGACAAACAAUUAAGCGUGCACGGUAAAAAGUUUGUUUCAAUGAGAUCGUUACAAUCACAGAAAACACAAGGAAACGUGAGAGGAUAAACGACUGUUAAGUGAGGCUGGUUUAGUGUAACUGGUUUCACAGACUAUGUAGUGGUAGUACAAACAUCAUGAGGUUAGGUCUUCACACCGUAUGAAUUCUUUCAAAACGGGCAUAACUUAAAGAUAUGUUCAUUACUUAUUAAUGCUUAAAGAUAAAAAGAAAUAAGCGUGUCCAACGUUAUUUUUAAAGUAUUCGAAAAUUGCAUAUCUUUACCAUUAUAAUACAAUAAACAAUAGACUGGCCAAUGUCGUCUUACAAGCUGGUAUAUACACUCACUGCAGAAGUAGGGCAGAAGCAUUUGUCGUCUGCAGUACAGACGGGGCGAUAAUCGCUCAUAGCAUAGUGAGUUGCGGUUUUUACCAUAGCUAUGGCUUCUAAGCACAUACUGAUUUGCAAAAUAUGCUCUGUAAAUUUAGUCGGCCGCUCACGCCACCAACUAUAAACGGAUAUACUUAUCAAUCGAAAACGGGUUACAAGCGUGUGUCAUCUAUUGACAUGUAUGGGGAUGUCCGGUUAGCACAGUGGUUGGUAAGCGACCAACCUAAGCGACCGGAUUCAAUCCGCUUUACCGACACAUGUGAGUUUGGUAUGUGGUCAUCAUACCGGACAGGGAGAGGGGGGGGGGG